AUGAGAGGUAUAUGUCUAAUUGGUGAUAAAACCUUAGUUGCAUUGUAUGAUACUGGAGCUUCGCAUUCGUUUAUUUCGUUUGCUAAAGUUGAGGAACUAGGUCUGAAAGUGUCAGAGUUAGCAUUUGAAUUGCAUGUACAUACUCCGCAUCAGACGGUGGUGACUAGGUCAAGUUGUAGACGAGUAGGAUUCAAACUUGACGGUAGAGACUUUGUGCAUGAUUUGAUUUGUUUACUAAUGGUUGGAUUAGAGACGAUUUUGGGAUUUGAUUGGUUGUCGAAUAAUUGGGUGUUGUUGGAUUGCUUUGAGAGGUCAAUUCAAUUUAUGUCGGAAGGAGAACAUGGAGCAGUGAUAGCUGAGGGCUACUACCUGAACUCUGUGAUAGUGCACUAUAGUGAGGAAGAGUGUCAGGGUUAUAUCCUGUUGGCUGCGAAUGUAUUAGGUGAUAAUCAUAACUUAGAUCAGAUUCUGGUGGUUAAAGACUUUCCAGAUGUGUUCCCGAAAGAUAUUACGGAGUUUCCACCUCAAAGAAAGAUUGAAUUUAUGAUUGAAUUGGUGUUGGGAGCUGGACCAGUGUCGAUUGUGCCAUAUAGAAUGGCUCCGAUAGAGCUGGCCAAAUUAAAGACUCAGUUGGAAGAGCUUUUGAACAAGAAGUUCAUUCGACCGAGUGUAUCACCGUGGGGAGCGCUAGUUUUAUUGGUGAAAAAAAAGGAUGGAUGA